UGUAACAGCAAAAGACUUCGCGAAGAAAAUAGUAGAAAACAUAAAACCUUUGCAUUUUUCCCAAGCAAAAUAGGGGUUAUGAAUUUUUAAUCUUCCUUUCUCUCAUUCAUUUUUUUCAUUUGUUUAUUAAUCCUCAAUAUUUCUCCGAUUUUCGAUUUCUUUUUCUACUUUUCAACAAAAAAUCAGAUCUGUGAAAUUGAAAAAAAAUAAGUAUGUCAUUAUUCUGAUUUCUGCUGUCAGAUCUUUUGUAUAUUUUUAGGAAUAUUGCAAGGAGAAAAGAAGUUGUUUUUAGACCAGGAGAAAGUGUAGUUCAUUGGAGUUUUGUUGUUUAAAAUAUUGAUUUGGAGUGAAUACUGGAUUGGAUUUUUCAUUUUUUUUUUUAUGUGUUGGAAGUGCAACUACCGUCGAUUCUCUUGAUCUGGUUUCGUUUGAAUUGCUCUUUUGUUUCCUGAUCUGAUUGGAGCCAUCCAAAUAUGGUUGCUUCAGUCAGCUUAGGGAUGGGUUCUCUUGUAUGGGUGGAGGAUCUAGAUGAAGCAUGGAUAGAUGGAGAGGUUGUUGCAGUGAAUGGUGAAGAUAUUAAGGUCCAGUGCACAUCAGGAAAAAUAGUUGUUGCUAAGUCUUCCAAUGUCUAUCCCAAAGAUGCAGAAACCCCACCUUGUGGAGUGGAUGACAUGACAAAGUUGGCAUAUCUGCAUGAGCCUGGAGUUCUACAUAAUUUAAAGACCAGAUAUGAUAUUAACGAGAUUUAUACUUACACGGGAAAUAUAUUAAUUGCCGUGAACCCUUUCCAAAAAUUGCCCCAUCUGUAUGAUAGCCAUAUGAUGGCACAAUAUAAAGGAGCAGCAUUUGGCGAGCUGAGUCCACAUCCUUUUGCUGUUGCAGACGCUGCUUACAGACUAAUGAUGAAUGAAGGAAUAAGUCAGGCAAUUUUGGUUAGUGGUGAAAGUGGGGCUGGUAAAACCGAAAGCACGAAAUUGCUUAUGCGUUAUCUUGCAUACAUGGGAGGACGAGCUGUGGUUGAGGGAAGGACUGUUGAACAACAAGUUCUUCAGUCAAAUCCUGUUUUGGAAGCUUUUGGUAAUGCUAAGACUGUCAGAAAUAAUAAUUCAAGUCGUUUUGGUAAGUUUGUGGAGAUUCAAUUUGAUCGAAGGGGAAAGAUUUCAGGGGCUGCUAUUCGAACUUAUUUGCUUGAAAGAUCUCGUGUUUGUCAAGUGUCUGAUCCUGAGAGAAAUUACCAUUGUUUUUAUAUGCUUUGUGCUGCACCAAAGGAGGAGAUUCAAAAAUAUAAAUUAGGAGAUCCGAGAACAUUUCAUUAUUUAAAUCAAUCAAAUUGCUACGAAUUGGAUGGGGUUGAUGAAUGCAAAGAAUAUAUAGCAACAAGGCAGGCAAUGGAUACUGUUGGAAUAAGUUCUGAGGAGCAGGAUGCAAUAUUUCGAGUUAUUGCUGCAAUCCUCCACCUUGGAAACAUUGAAUUUGCAAAGGGAAAGGAAAUGGACUCCUCAAUGCCCAAAGAUGAAAAAUCUUGGUUUCAUUUAAGAACUGCUGCAGAGCUUUUCAUGUGUGAUGUGAAGGCUUUAGAGGAUUCCCUGUGCAAGCGUGUAAUUGUAACUCGUGAUGAAACAAUCACCAAAUGGUUAGAUCCAGAGGCUGCAGUUUCCAGUAGGGAUGCCUUGGCCAAAAUUGUCUACUCUCGGUUGUUUGACUGGCUCGUAGAUAAGAUCAAUAGUUCAAUAGGUCAAGAUCCAGACUCAAAAUGUUUGAUUGGGGUGCUGGAUAUCUAUGGAUUUGAGAGUUUCAAGACUAACAGUUUUGAACAAUUUUGCAUAAAUUUGACGAACGAGAAGCUUCAGCAGCACUUUAAUCAGCAUGUUUUCAAAAUGGAGCAAGAGGAGUAUACGAAAGAGGAAAUCGACUGGAGCUACAUUGAAUUCAUCGACAAUCAAGACGUUCUAGAUCUCAUUGAAAAGAAACCAGGUGGCAUUAUAGCUUUACUAGAUGAAGCUUGCAUGUUUCCUCGAUCAACUCAUGAAACAUUUGCACAGAAGCUUUACCAGACUUUUAAGAACCAUAAACGCUUCAGCAAGCCCAAGUUAUCUCCUUCUGACUUCACUAUUUCCCAUUAUGCCGGUGAUGUCACUUAUCAAACUGAGAUGUUUCUAGACAAAAACAAAGAUUAUGUUAUUGCUGAGCAUCAAUCACUCUUGAAUGUUUCCAACUGUUCCUUCGUUUCGGGUUUAUUUCCAAUGUCAAAUGAGGAGACCUCUAAACAAUCAAAGUUCUCUUCCAUUGGCUCAAGGUUUAAGCAACAAUUGCAAGCUCUACUUGAAACUCUGAGUACCACUGAACCUCAUUACAUUCGCUGUGUGAAGCCCAAUAAUCUUCUUAAGCCGGCUAUUUUUGAGAAUCUUAAUGUCUUGCAACAACUGCGUUGUGGGGGAGUCAUGGAAGCAAUUAGGAUAAGUUGUGCAGGAUAUCCAACCAAAAGACACUUUGAUGAAUUUGUAGACCGUUUUAGCAUCCUGGCUCCUGAAGUUUUAGUCGGAAGUACGGAUGAGGUCACUGCUAGCAAGAGGCUUUUGGAGAAAGUGGGACUUGAAGGCUAUCAGAUUGGGAAAACAAAGGUGUUUUUAAGGGCUGGUCAGAUGGCUGAGCUGGAUGCUCGCAGGACUGAGGUGUUGGGAAGAUCUGCAAGCAUUAUUCAGAGAAAAAUUCGUUCUUACAUGGCUAGAAAAAGUUUUACAUUGUUGUGUUGCUCAGCAAUACAGCUUCAAUCAGUGUGCAGAGGAGAACUUACUCGGAAAGUUUAUGAGGGCAUGCGGAGAGAAGCUUCUUCUCUGAGGAUUCAGAGAGAUUUACGGAUGCAUCUUGCUAGGAAAGCAUACAACGAAUUGUGCUCAUCUGCAAUUUCAAUUCAGACUGGAAUGCGUGGGAUGGCUGCACGUAGUGAACUUCGCUUCAGAAGGCAGACAAGUGCAGCCAUUGUCAUCCAGAGUCAUUGCCGCAAAUUCUUAGCCCUUUCAGAGUAUAGGAAGCUGAAAAAAGCUUCAAUCACCACACAAUGUGCAUGGAGGGCUAGAGUUGCACGUAGAGAACUUCGGAAGCUGAAGACGGCUGCAAGAGAAACAGGUGCACUGCAAGCUGCCAAGAAUAAAUUAGAGAAGCAGGUUGAAGAGUUGACUUGGAGAUUACAGUUGGAGAAAAGAAUGAGGACUGACAUGGAAGAAGCAAAAACUCAAGAAAAUGAAAAAUUGCAGUCAGCCUUGCAAGAUCUGCAACUACAGUUCAAGGAAACUAAAGACAUUCUCAUGAAGGAGCGUGAAGCUGCUGAAAGGGCAGUAAAGCAAAUUCCUAUAAUCCAGGAGGUCCCUGUUGUUGACCAUGAAUUGAUGGAUAAGCUUAAUGCUGAAAAUGAAAAGCUCAAGGACUUGGUUAGCUCUCUAGAAAAGAAAAUAGAUGAAACCGAGAAGAAAUACGAAGAGACAAGCAAACUUAGUGAGGAGAGGUUGAAACAGGCUGUGGAGGCAGAGUCAAAGAUCAUUAAGUUGAAGACUGCCAUGCAAAUGCUCGAAGAAAAAGUUUCUGACAUGGAGUCUGAGAAUAAAAUUCUUCGGCACAAGACCUUGCUUAUCCCCGCUAAAGGGGCGCUAGAACAUCCAUCUACUUUAGCAACCAAUGGAUUGGAAAAUGGUCACCUUGUGAAUGAAGUCAAGAGCAAUGAAUCACAGAAUCUUUUUCCACAGAAAAGUUAUGAGACCCCUGAUGGCAAACCAAGGAGACCUCCAACUGAUCGUCAGCAUGAGGAUGUUGAUACACUCAUGGCUUGUGUAAUGAAAGACGUGGGGUUCAGUCAAGGCAAGCCCGUUGCAGCGUUCACCAUAUACAGAUGUCUUCUGCACUGGAAAUCUUUUGAAGCAGAAAGAACAAGUGUAUUUGAUCGGCUCAUUAAUAUGAUCGGUUUGGCCAUCGAGAAUCAAGAAAGCAAUGAUCACAUGGCUUAUUGGCUGUCAAACACCUCUACAUUGCUGUUCUUACUCCAACGAAGUUUGAGGCCUGCUGGUUCAGCUCCAGUUCGUAAACCACCCCCUCCCACAUCUCUAUUUGAGAGAAUGACAAUGGGAUUUCGGUCAUCCCCUUCUACUGUAAACCAAGCUGCAGCUGCAGCGGCUCUUGAAACACUUCGCCAAGUUGAAGCCAAAUAUCCAGCUCUGCUUUUCAAGCAGCAGCUUACUGCCUAUGUUGAGAAAAUUUAUGGAAUUAUUCGAGACAACUCGAAGAAGGAGUUGGGAUCGUUGCUUGCUUUGUGCAUCCAGGCACCGAGAACCUCUAAAGGUGUGCUGAGAUCUGGGCGAUCCUUUGGUAGAGAUUCCGCAACAAAUCACUGGCAGGGAAUCAUUGAGUGCCUAAACUCUCUUCUCAGCACCUUGAAAGAAAAUUUCGUUCCUCCAAUUCUUGUUCAGAAGAUAUUUUCUCAGAUAUUUUCAUAUAUCAACGUACAACUCUUCAACAGAUUACGGCGCAUAAACUGUAUGUUUGCUGGAUUAAGUGAAUGUUGUUUUGGUUUGGCUGCUCAAAAUAGUCUUAUAGUUAGUAAAGUUCGUAUAUGUAAAUAUUGUUUCUCAACUGUUCUUCCUUCAUUUAUUUUUGUAAUCUUCUUUACUUUGGAUAGCAGAAAAUGCAAAUCUAACGCAUGUAAAUGCAGCAUUCCGUUCUCAAUUGAUGACCUGGCCGAUACCCUUCAAGUGAAAGAAUUUUCGGAUGUCGAGCCUGUGACAGAACUUCUCGAGAAUCCAGCCUUCGAAUUUUUACAUGAGUAAGGCUAAGGAACCCUAUGAGCACGUACCCUUUUUCUUUUUUGGGGGGCAUAGUAAAGAAACUUCCCUUCAUGGAUAUGCUUAAUCAUUGUAAAUUCAUCAAUUUUUUCAAUUUUUAUUUUUUUCUUUCAAGUUUCUAUAUAAUUAUUCAUCUUUUUUGGUAUUUGAAAAGUUCCUUAGCACUACGGGAAAGGGAAAUACAUCCGAUAGAUCCAUUUCCCUGGUUUUUAUUCUGUUCCAAAUUUUAGCAUUCUUUCUAGUGAAUUAGGGGUCAAGGGUGUUGUUUUAGUGAUUGGAAGUUAAGAAAAUGCUCUACCCAAUCUCGUGUAAAACAAUGAAAUAUUGAAGGAUAAAAUGUAUAUGACAAAUAUAUGGUGGUUGGUUUUGUACAGUC